AUGUUUAAAUUAAAGACAUUUUUUGGUAAGAAAAAACAAGAUAUAAAAGAAUCAGGGGAUUCAAUCAAAAAACAACAACCAAUUGUAAAUAAUGACAAAAAAUCAAAUGUUGAUAAUAUAAAUAAUGCAAAUACAGAUGGAUCGACAUCAAGUUUAUCGAAAACUAGUUUAUCGAGUUCUAUUGUCGCAGAAGGAGAUGAUAUAGCUGUAGUUAAUAACAAGGACAGUAGUAGAAAAGUACCUGAUGAAUCAGUUCCACCACGUACUACAAAAAGGGAACAUAUUGAUAUUGAUCUUGUCAGUAGUGGUUCGAAUAUAUCAAAUGCUGAUUUACUAUCAGGUGACGACGACGACGACGAUAGUCAACUGAAUAUCCCAGAUGCGAUAUUUAUCGAACAAAACGAAUUGAAAGGGUAUAAAUUAAUAAACAAAAUUGGUACCGGUGCCUUUUCAAAAGUGUUCAGGGCUAUUCCUUCAAAGGAAACAUUCGUUAAUAAACAUUAUAAUGAAGUCGCUAUAAAAGUGAUUAAAAAAGAUGACUUAGCAUCGAUUACAGGUAAUACUAGUGCAUCUAGUAUUAAUCACAAUGAUAAAUCUUUGAAAAAUCAAAAAAACACAAAAAGUUCAUCAAGAGAACAAGUAUUAAAAGAAGUGGCCAUUCACCAAGCUGUCUCUACAAAUUGUGAGAAUAUUGUUUCUUUCGUAGAGUUUCAAGAAAGUGAAGGUUAUUAUUAUAUUGUACAAGAAUUAUUAAGCGGUGGUGAGAUUUUCAGUGAAAUUGUUAGAUUAACUUAUUUCAGUGAAGAUUUAGCAAGGCAUGUCAUAAAACAAUUAGCAAUAGCUGUGAAACAUUUACAUUCAAUGGGUGUUGUUCAUCGUGAUAUUAAACCCGAGAAUCUUUUAUUUGAAACAAUUGACUUUGUUCCUUCAAAGAAACCACAGCUAAGAAAAUCAGAUGAUCCCAAUACUAAAGUCGAUGAAGGUGAAUUCACUAUCAACGUCGGUGCCGGUAGUAUUGGUACAGUUAAAUUAGUUGAUUUUGGCUUGUCUAAACAAAUACAUUCAGCAAACACUCAGACUCCAUGUGGUACCAUUGGUUACACAGCUCCAGAAGUUGUUAAGGAUGAAAAAUACUCAAUGAAAGUUGAUAUGUGGGGGAUUGGUUGUGUUUUAUAUACGAUACUGUGUGGGUUCCCGCCAUUUUAUGAUGAAAAAAUUAAUGUCCUAACUGAAAAGAUUGCAAAUGGUAACUUCACAUUUUUAAAUCCAUGGUGGGAUGAAAUUAGUGAUGGUGCUAAGCAUGCGGUUUCUAAAUUACUAGAAGUGAACCCAGAGAACAGAUAUGAUGCAGAUGAAUUUCUAAAUGAUCCAUGGUUGAACAAUUACGACUGUUUAAAGAACCACCCUGAACAUCAAAACGAAUUAGUCGCAAAACAACAAAUGCUGCAAAAGAAGAAGAAACGCAUGUUGAAGAAAGUAUUGCAAAAGGACAACUCAAUAUUGUAUUCCCCAGCAGCUGUUGCCAUGAGAGAUGCAUUCGACAUCAGUAAUGCAGUACAAAGAAUUGAAGAUGAUAGAUUCAAUAUGAACAAAACGCUUGAUGAAUUGAAUGAGGAAGAGGAAUUGGAUAUCCAAUUUGACAACAGCAAGGCUAACCCAUUCAACGUUAAUAAACUAGAAGAGGAUAUGUUUGAAUUGAAAUUAAAUACAUCCACAAUUAUAAACAGAAGGAAGAAUAAAAACGCCCCAUUAGCAUAA